AUGACAGCAGGCUCUGUUGCUGCUCAGCAAGACGUGGGAGGUGAAGUCGGACCCGACGUCCUUAGUUACGGCGCUGGGAUCAGGGCGUACGACAAGGGCAAUCAGUGGCAACGUAGUUUAGCGCUGCUCGGCCAGAUUGCGCGAGGUGAUGUUGGAGCCCAGCGUCAUCUGUGUUACCACAACGGGAUCAGCAGGGUCGAGAAGGGCAAGCAGUCGCAGCAGGCCUUGUCGCUGCUCCGCACGACGUGGGAGGCAAAAGUGAAGCCCGACAUCAUCAGCUGCAGCGCUGGGAUCAGCGCGGGCGGAAAGAGCGACCAGCGGCAGCGCUCAGGAAGACGUGGAAGGCGAAAUUGGAGCCCGCCGUAG